AGUUGAGAAGGAAGCCAUUGUCCCUCGAGUGCAGGGCUGCCAGGAAGAGGAGAAAGAGCACAAUAUCUGGUCGUAAUCAGGACAUAUCCUGUUUUUGAGUGUUUCCAGUUCGAAAGACGUUUCACCUGCAGAGUAUAAAAAGACGAGGAGGCUAAGUGUUCACUGUGAGAGACGGACUGAGUCCAGGAUGAAGCUGCUCCUAAUCCUCUUCAUUGCUGCUCUACCACACUGGGAGGUGCAUUCAGCUCUCCCCUCCGUGGUGCAGAUCCUGUCUGGAACCCCGCAGGUCUUCUCUGGGGAGCAGGUGGCUCUGCGCUGCCUCGUGGACGACGCCUCCUACCUGAACUUCCAGUGGUUCAGGAACUGGAAGGUGUUGUUCAGCACCCAGGAUGUGACCAUCACAGAGAGCGGCGAGUACUCAUGCCAGGGGUCCUGGAAAACGGCGAAGGGCUCCAUCUACGCCAACACCAGCAAGCCCUUUGUGAUCGAGGUGGUUGAGUCGUCGGCCAUCCUGCAGCAUCCAGACCGUCAAGUGCUGGUGGGAGACAACGUGAGCCUCACCUGCCGUCUCCGUGGAAACCCUGUCCCGACGGAGGUGGUCCUGUACCGGGGGGACGUGGAGGUCCGGAGGCAGUCCGGCGGCUCCCUGAGGCUGGGCAGGGUGGGUCUCUCUGAGGAAGGAUCCUACCACUGUGAGGCAAGGCUGGGGGACAACACUGUGAAGUCUCCCCCCACCAGGAUCACUGUGCUGGAGAUUCUGACAGAACCAAAUCUACUGGUGAACCCCUACAAUCCUGGGUUUCCUCCAGGCAAGAUGCAGCUGGUCUGCGAAGUGGAGUACCACGCCCACCCUCCCGCCCCACCCCUGGUCUACUUCUUCUACUGGAACGGCGCCAUCAUGAGGCCUGCCACCACGGAAAGCAGCAUCUUUGUCCCCACCCUCCGUGGAGACUUUCACUGCAGAGCCAAAGUACCUCUGCUGAACAUAGAGAGACUGAGUCAGGUCACCACUAAGUAAUGAAAGUAACAGACACCCUAACCCUAACACCAAUGAUCAUUGGUUGAUGGACAGAAGAACAGACAGAGAGGCAGACAGACAGACACACAGACACACAGACACACAGACAGAAAUAGACAAUAACAUUAUUCGAAAAAAUCUCAGAUGAGUUGUUUCCAAAUGUUGUGACAUAUAUCAUAUCAACACUUUUGCAGCUUAUUCAUCUAAUGUUCUCAUGUGUGGUGAACUUUUUAUAUGCUCUUGUAAUAUCAAUAAAGAAAACUGUGUAAA